AAAGCUAAUUUUUUAUCACAAAACAUGUAUUGUUGUUAAGAGCCUAAGCCUGUAGAAUUUCGUUUAAAUAUUCCAAGCGGUUUCCGCAAUAUUAAGUAACAUUUUUUAGCUUUUAGCAUUUUCUGAACACGGUAUAUUAACGACAUAUAUCCAAAAUUACUUGCACUAUCACCCCCUGCAAGAAAUGCAUCUACUUACCAAACACCCUGUACAUUAGGCAUCUUUUGGGCCAUUUACGGUUAGUUUCUUGCAAUUUGGGAGGGUUUUUAAGUAAAACAACUAUUUAUUGUUUGAGACAAAAACGGCCGAAAGCUAAACUAAAAAAUGUUACGUGAAGAAAUUGUCUAUUAGUUGCUUUACCUAGAAAUGUUCCAAGUUUCUUUUAAACUAAAUUUAAAUGACCCAAAUGAUCCCAGUUUGAUUAACAACAAAAACGCUUGUUUUGUUACGCUUGCCGCCUCGAAAGUUAGGUACUGGUUUAUAUGAAAAAUAACAUCCAUAUUCAUUCACUGCCGCGCAAAUUGCUGGAGUUCUAUCAAAUAAUUAUCUCGCGCUCCUCUCACAAAAACCUUGUGAAAAACGUGCCAAGUUCUGACUGUGCCCAGUGAGGUUUCGCCCAGCUACAACACGAUGCUCUAAGUGAGACCAGCGAAUAGCCGAAGAUGUAUUUGUACAACUUGACCCUGCAAAGGGCGACCUCCAUUACUCAUGCGGUGCACGGCAACUUUUCCGGCCAGAAAUCGCAAGAAAUUGUAAUUGCUCGCGGCAAGAGCAUUGAGCUGUUGCGACCCGAUCCUAAUACCGGAAAAAUGCACACGCUGCUUACCAUUGAAAUUUUUGGCGUUGUAAGGUCGAUGAUGGCUUUUCGACUAACUGGCGGAACUAAAGACUAUGUGGUGAUUGGCUCGGACAGCGGCCGCAUUGUUAUCCUCGAAUACCAACCGCAGAAGAAUAACUUUGAAAAGAUUCAUCAGGAGACGUUUGGCAAAAGCGGCUGCAGGCGGAUCGUCCCUGGACAGUAUUUGGCAACAGACCCGCGGGGGCGGGCUGUAAUGAUUGGCGCCAUUGAAAAACAGAAGCUGACCUACAUUUUGAACCGAGAUGACCACGCCCGCUUGACCAUCUCUUCGCCUCAGGAGGCGCACAAGAGCAACACCCUGGUCUACCACAUGGUGGGGGUAGAUGUCGCCUACGACAAUCCCAUAUUUGCCUGUUUGGAAAUCGACUACGAAGAAGCCGAUAUCGAUCCGUCCGGCGAAGCCGCGCAAAAGACCCAGCAAACCUUGACGUUCUACGAGCUGGACCUGGGGGUUAACCAUAUGGUGCGCAAGUAUUCCGAGCCGUUGGAGGAGCACGCCAAUUUCCUAGUUAUGGUGCCUGGGGGCGAAGAUGGUCCCUCCGGGGUGCUGAUUUGCUCAGAAAAUUAUCUGACCUAUAAAAACCUGGGAGACCAGCACGAUAUCCGUUGCCCAAUCCCGCGCCGCCGUAAUGACCUGGACGAUCCAGAAAGAGGGAUGAUUUUCGUGUGCUCAGCCACCCACAAGACCAAAUCCAUGUUCUUCUUCCUGGCCCAAACCGAGCAGGGCGACAUCUUCAAAAUCACCCUGGAAGUAGAUCGGGGAAUGGUCACGGAAAUCAAGCUAAAGUACUUCGACACUGUGCCAGUGGCCACCUCGAUGUCUGUGUUGAAAACCGGCUUCCUCUUUGUGGCCUGUGAGUUUGGCAACCACUACCUAUACCAAAUCGCCCAUUUGGGCGACGACGACGACGAGCUGGAGUUCAGCUCGGCCAUGCCACUAGAAGAGGGUGACACAUUUUUCUUCGCCCCGCGAACGCUCCGCAACUUGGUGUUGGUCGACGAAAUCGAAAGUUUAUCGCCCAUCCUUUCGUCGAGAGUCGCGGACUUGGCAGGCGAAGACACGCCGCAGCUCUACAUGUUAUGCGGCCGCGGGCCCAGAUCCUCCCUAAGGGUGCUAAGACACGGCCUGGAAGUGUCUGAAAUGGCCGUGUCCGGAUUGCCCGGCAAUCCCAUCGCCGUCUGGACGGUGAAGAAGCGCAGCGACGACGAGUUCGACGCCUUUAUCAUCGUCUCCUUCGUCAACGCCACUCUGGUGCUCUCCAUCGGCGAAACCGUGGAAGAGGUUCACGACAGCGGCUUUCAAGGCAUCACCCCCACAUUGUCGUGUUCCGCCCUCGCGGACGACGCCCUACUGCAAGUCUACCCCGACGGGAUGAGUCACAUCUGCGCAAACAAACGCGUUAACAAAUGGAAUGCCGGGAAAAAGGCCAUAGUGGAAUGCGCAGUCAAUCAGCGCCAGGUCGUCAUUGCCCUGGCCGGGGGCGAACUAGUCUACUUCGAAAUGGACCCCACAGGGUCUUUGCACGAAUACGAAAAGCGCAAACGAAUGAACUCGGAUGUGCUCUGCAUGGCCUUAGGCAGCGUCCCCCCUGGGGAGCAACGCUCUUGGUUCCUAGCUGUAGGCCUUUCGGAUAGCACAGUCCGGAUUAUAUCCCUGGAUCCAGCGGAUUGUUUGGCUGAGCGCGCCAUGCAGCCGUUGCCCAACUGCGCCCAGUCGCUCUGUGUCGUGGAAAUGGGCGGCGGGCACGAGACUGAAGGCUCCGGCAAUCAGGGCGGCAGCACCCUUUACCUGUACAUCGGGCUGCAGAACGGCGCCCUCUUGAGGACUGUGUUGGACCCGGUGACUGGUGAUCUAACCGACACACGAACCCGAUACUUGGGCUCCCGGCCAGUGAAACUGUUCAAGAUCCGCAUGCAAAACUCCGAAGCGGUGCUGGCCAUGAGCAGCCGCUCUUGGCUCAGCUACUACUACCAGAGCCGCUUCUAUCUCACUCCUUUGUCCUAUGAGAGUCUGGAAUACGCUUCCGGGUUCAGCUCGCCGCAGUGCCCGGAGGGCAUCGUUGCGAUCUCCACCAAUAAGUUGAGGAUUCUGGCCUUGGAGAAACUAGGGGCGGUGUUCAACCAGAUUUCAUUCCCCUUGGAGUACACGCCGCGCAAGUUCAUCAUCCACCCCGAAUCGAACAACUUGAUGAUCCUCGAAACUGAGCACAACGCCUAUACGGACGACACGAAAAAACAGCGCCGGCUGCAGAUGGCCGAAGAGAUGAAGGAGGCGGCCGGGGAAGACGAGCAGGAGCUAGCAAAGGAGAUGGCUGAUGCGUUUCUCAACGAGGACCUGCCGGAGAAUGUCUUCUCCGCCCCCAAAGCCGGGCAUGGCAUGUGGGCUUCCCAGCUGAAGAUAAUGGACCCCGUGACGGGCCAUUUGUACAAGCUGAUCAAGCUCGAGCAGAACGAAGCCGCUAUGUCGCUCACCUUGGUGAAGUUUCACGGACAGCCGGAACACCAAUGGUUCCUGGUGCUGGGAGUGGCAAAGGAUUUCCAACUCAACCCCCGCGUAUGCAACCAGGGGUUCUUGGACACCUACAAAGUGGACCCCAUGGGCAAGGAGCUUGAGCUGGUGCACCGCACAAUGGUGGGAGAGGUCCCGACGGCACUCUGCGCAUACAACGGCCGCCUACUAGCUGGGGUGGGGCGCAUGUUGCGCCUCUACGACAUGGGAAAAAAGAAAUUGCUACGCAAGUGUGAGAACAAGCACAUUCCCAACGCCAUUGUCAACAUCCAGGCGAUCGGAAAGAGAAUCUUUGUGGCUGAUGUUCAAGAGUCAGUGUUCAUGGUGCGCUACAAGCGCGCAGAGAAUCAACUGAUUAUCUUUGCUGAUGACACGCACCCCCGAUGGAUCACCAGCACCUGCAUUCUGGACUACGACUCGAUUGCCACUGCGGAUAAGUUCGGCAACAUUUCGAUCCUGCGGCUGCCUCCCAAUGUGACGGACGAUGUGGAGGAGGAUCCGACGGGCAACAAGGCCUUAUGGGACCGCGGGCUGUUAAACGGCGCCUCGCAAAAGGCCAACACGAUCGCCACCUUUCAAGUAGGCGAGGCGGUCACUUGGCUGCAAAAAACCACGCUGAUACCGGGAGGCAGCGAGAGUUUGAUCUAUACCACGCUGUCGGGGACGGUGGGGGUCUUGGUGCCCUUCACCUCCCAUGACGAUCACGACUUCUUCCAGCACCUGGAGAUGCACAUGAGGAGCGAGAACUCGCCGCUGUGUGGGCGCGAUCACUUGUCUUUCCGCAGCUACUACUUUCCGGUAAAAAAUGUGAUUGAUGGGGACAUGUGCGAGCAGUACAACUCGCUGGAGCCGGCCAAGCAGAAGAGCAUUGCUAACGAUCUGGAUAAGACAGCGGCGGAGGUCUCCAAGAAGCUGGAGGAUAUUCGGACGCGGUACGCGUUCUAAGGUGCUUCGCGGGUUCUUUUGUACCUUUUCCCGGAUUCCUUUUUCUAAUUGUCAUUUUUAAUAUACUUAAGAGUUUAGCUUUUGA